GCAGUAAGACUAAGUGACAGAGAGAGGAAGAGACAGAAGACAGGUGGAGAGGGAGAGCUAUCAAAAGAGGGCAAUAAAAAGAAGCAGGGGGUCCAAUGAAAUAUUAGAGAGAGUAUUUCAGAUUUGUUGGAGAUAUAAUAGAGAUCAAAUCCGUGGAUGAAUUGCAGCUCUCAUUUAUAGCCAAUUUCUUCAAGUUUGGUCUUGAGACGAUCUUGGAUUUUAAUUUCAAUUUUUUUUUUUCGCAAACACAUCCACAGCUGAACAAAAAUGCAACACAUGUGGCUCUCUCUUCUAUCUGGCCUCUGCCUUCACCUGGUUUUCCUUUGCAGUGCCGAGGAAGGUCUAGAGUUCCCCAAUUUUGAUGGGAAAGACAGGGUGAUGGACAUCAAUGAGCGCAACUACAAAAAGGCUCUGAAGAGAUAUGACCUGCUGUGCCUGUUCUACCACGAACCUCUGCCGGCCAACAAGGGCCUUCAGAAGAGGUUCCAGAUGACAGAGCUGGUGCUGGAGCUUACAGCUCAAGUCCUGGAGAACAAAGACAUCGGUUUUGGAAUGGUGGACUCCCAGAAGGAUGUCAAAGUAGCCAGAAAACUGGGACUGGAGGAGGUGGGCAGCUUGUACGUGUUCAAGGACGACCGCGUGAUUGAGUUUGACGGGGAGCUCUCAGCAGACACUCUGGUGGAGUUCCUGUUGGAUGUGUUGGAGGACCCAGUAGAGAUGAUCAAUAAUGCCAUGGAGGUGCGAGCCUUCGAGAGGAUGGAGGAAGACAUCCGCCUCAUUGGUUAUUUCAAAGGAGAAGAUUCAUAUUUCAAGGCUUUCCAGGAGGCCUCAGAGCGGUUUCAGCCUUACAUCAAGUUUUUUGCUACAUUUGAUAAAUCUGUAGCCAAACAUCUUUCCCUAAAGAUGAACGAAGUUAAUUUCUAUGAGCCAUUCAUGGAGGAGCCGGCCAUCGUGCCUGGAAGACCUCUAUCCGAGAUAGACAUUGUUGAAUAUGUAACCCAGCACAGAAGAGCUACUUUGAGGAAGCUCCGGGCUGAGAAUAUAUUUGAGACAUGGGAAGAUGAUAUGGAUGGAAUACAUAUUGUUGCCUUUGCUGAGGAAGAAGAUCCAGAUGGCUAUGAGUUCCUGGAAAUCCUGAAAGAUGUGGCUAGAGACAAUACCAACAACCCAGAGCUGAGUAUUGUCUGGAUCGACCCUGAUGACUUCCCUCUGUUGACCACUUAUUGGGAAAAAACCUUUAAGCUGGACCUGUUUAGACCCCAGAUCGGUGUGGUCAAUGUGACAGAUGCAGAUAGUGUCUGGCUGGACAUGUCCAAUGAUGAGGACCUGCCCACUGCAGAGGAGCUGGAGGACUGGAUAGAGGAUGUCCUGUCAGGGAGGGUGAACACCGAGGACGACGAUGAGUCCGCUGAUGAGCCCGAAAACCCUGACAGCUACAUCACGGAAGACAGCGAUGAAAUUCAUGACCUAGAUGAAGGAGAUAAUGACGAUAACUACAACUGACCCUCAAAGCUUUAUAUCCUUGCAGAUCAGACCUGAACUACUUUGGAACAUCAGAAUAUGAGAUUGUAGACAAAUUCAGAUGUCUCUCUUUUUUUCUAAUGACUUUAAAAAUGCUAAAUUAAACAAAUUCUAAAACGUAGAUGGUGUAGAUGUUAGAUGUUGUUGACUAUGGUUGUAAAACCAAAGUAACAAGCUAAGAGAUAUUAAGACAUUCCAUGAAGCUGACAGGAAUUAUUCAGUGAGGUGAUACAUUUUUGUGUGUUUCUGACUCAUUACACAUAGUGAUUUGACCCGCAUUUUAAAACAACAACAACAAAAAAAAAUGUAUUUUUAGCGACUUUUAGGUUUACAUGACCAAGAUAGCAAUGGCAACUUCUGAGUGUAUGCAUGUCUGUGAAAAUAAAUGUCAACCAUUAAAGCUCAAACUGUUUCUUGUGA